UUCAAGGCUCAUGGAUUUAAAAAAGCGAUAUGGCUGUCCUUGGGGUUCUUGGGAGUGAUUAUGACAAUAUAUCAUUCUUAUUCAAUAAUCAUAUCGUAUCUGCGACAUCCCUUUGUAACCAAGUUUUCCAUGAUGCCACAAGACAAAUUGCUGUUCCCGUUUGUGGCCAUAUCGACCACCAGAAAAGUGAAUUGUAAUAAGCUGGAAAAUCUAUUGGAGAAUGUUGAAACCUUGUCCGAUUCUUCGUUUGGAUCAUAUUGUUGGCUCUAUCAUUCCUGCCAGUGUGAAGUCAAUCGGAGCGAUCUUAUCCAGAAGUGUAACACAACAACCAACGGGAAAAUGGUUGAAUGGGGUAACAACUCUGAGCCCAAUGUCGAGCGAUCUUUAAACGAUAUGAGCACCUCCUGGAAAAGCAAAUUCCUCAGUCAUCCAAAAGAUUUUGUGGUCCAGGUCAAGUGGGAUGGAGAAAUUUUCAAAAUGACAAGUGAUUGCUCAAAAGACUUGUUUUGUUUUGGGUAUUACCACAGCUCAUUGCAGUUGCUCGUCAACUAUUAUGGAAUACUAAAAGCUGACAAAAUUGGCAAGGAGCAUUGUUUGGAGAUCUCCUUGAAAGUUCCUUCGGCCAAUCCAGCACGUCAUGGGGUUUUAAACGAUAUGGACGGUUUCAUUGUUGAUUUUGCUCCCCCAAAGUAUAUAUCAGGAGCCAAGCGAAUCAUAGUUCAACCCGGCACCUCAGUUUCAAUGAGUUUGAGGGAGGUUCAACACAAGAAGUUGGCAGCCCCAUUUGAGAGUAAAUGUAUUCAUGCUUGGGAAGAAAGUUUCUUCCAUCUAGUGCCUGAAAUCAUCCGGCAAGUCAUCGCUCAAGGCUUGGUUGGCUAUCACCAGGAGUCUUGCCAUGCCAUCUGUCGAAUGAACCAUUUGGUGGAAAAGUGUAAUUGCACAUGGGCCAGAAUCAGUGUAGUGGAUAUUGAUAAAUCAUACCACAUAACGCCAAAAUGUGAAGAAUACAAAUCAGAUGUUUGGAAUUGCUUAAAAAAGAAUGAUCUCGACUUAAAUGACAGUCGGAAAAUUUGCAAUUGCCAAAUGUCUUGUGAUUUGAUAUCUUAUGAUGUCACUGUCUCAUCCUCAAAAUGGCCAUCCAUGGAAUUUUGGCAAAAUGCGGCCAAAACAUUUGGAGGACUGGACGACAAUUACACAAAGUCAACAAAUCCGAUAAGUCAAACGAUGAUGAAAAAUAACAUAAUGGGAAAAUUGGCUCGGGUUACUAUUUUCUUUGAUUCUAACCAGAGAAUACUUAUCGAGGAGAUCGCCAAAUUCGAAUCAUUUUGGGCCUUUUUUAUCACCUGGGGUGGAGCCAUGUCUAUUUACCUUGGAAUAUCUUUCAUGACACUUGCCGGCUUGAUUUUGUCUUUGUAUGAGAAAAUUGUUCAUUUUUGCGUCAAUUUUGAAUAAAUGUC